ACCUUCUUCCAUUAAAAUCCUCGCGCUGAAAAAACCCAAACGCCUUUCUUUUGUUCAUCAAAGCAGAAACCCCUCUCUUACUUCUCGGCGGAGAUCCAUGGCGGAACAUGCUGGCGAACACGAAUCAGCCGCUGAAUCGUUGAUGGAGAAGAUCUCCGAGAAGAUCCGUGGACAUGAUUCGUCUUCAUCAUCCUCCGAUUCUGAUGACGACAAGCCAUCUCCGAUUGAAGCGGUUAAGUCCAAGAUCUUUAGGCUCUUCGGUCGAGAAAAGCCCGUCCACAAGGUCAUGGGUGGCGGCAAAGUUGCUGAUAUUAUACUAUGGAGAAACAAGAAAAUCUCUGCUGGCGUGCUUGGUGGUGCUACCGCAUUGUGGGUUCUCUUCGAAUUGCUUGAAUACCAUUUGAUUACUCUGGUGUGCCAUAUUUUGAUACUUUCUCUGGCUAUGUUCUUCUUGUGGUCCAAUGCAUCAACUUUCAUCAACAAGUCCCGACCCCACAUUCCAGAUGUUUCAAUCCCUGAAGAUUAUUUUCUUCAAGUUGCUUCUGCGCUAAGAAUUGAGAUCAACAGGGCCAUGACUCUCCUGCAUGAUAUUGCAUCUGGGAGAGAUUUGAAGAAAUUUCUCACUGUAAUUGCUGGUCUAUGGGUUCUGUCAAUUGUCAGCAGCUGGUGUAACUUCCUGACCUUGUUCUACGUAGUAUUCAUCUUGCUGCACACAGUGCCAGUGGUUUACGAGAAAUACGAUGACAAGAUCGAUUCAUUUGCUGAGAAGGCGAUGGUUGAGAUAAAAAGGCAAUAUGCAGUUUUUGAUGCGAAGGUUUUGAGUAAAAUCCCGAGGGGACCAUUGAAAGAGAAGAAGAAGGAUUAGGCACCAUGGAUGGUCAUAUCGAACUUGGUAUGACAGAGGGGUUAGCCUUGCUUUAUGUGGUGAUUGCCAAAAACUUUCUAUGCAUUAGAAAUCCCUGUUUCUAUUACUGUGUUGGAGAAAAAAUGUUUUUGGGUACAAUUAGAUGGGUUUCUAAACUUCAGAUUUUAACUUUAAUAUAAAUAGAUGUGCUCUCCAUAUGAUAAAGCAUCACCAAUUAAGAAAUGAAUGAUAUUAUUUAACUAUCAUUAGUUUCUUCC